AUGGCCGCCUCCACCGCCGUAACCGUCUUCCUCCCGCUCCUCCUCCUCCUCCUCCUCCUCCUCCUCCAAGCUGCCGCUGCAGCACCUCCGCCAUCGCCUCCUACUCCAUUGCCUUAUGGUUGCGCCGGCGUGAUCGUCCAGCUGUCCCCGUGCCUCCCCUACGUCUCGUCGCCGCCGAACGACCUGGCUUCGAGCGCGCCUCCUCCCUGCUGCGCCACCCUCUCCUCCGUCCGCAAGUCCGGCUUCGUCAGCUGCCUCUGCUACCUACUGCGAGAGCCCGCCAUGCUCGGAUUCCCGAUCAACAGCACCAGGCUUCGCUCCCUGCCUUCCGAUUGCUCUCUGGCAGACGCUAACUCCACGAGGAACGCGGCGGAUGAGCUGGAUUCUCUCUGUUCAGGUUCGCCACCAUUGCCUCCCCUGCGCGGCGCAAAGGGCUCGGACAUCGAGACGUUGCCCGAGAACAGUCCGUCAAGUGCUCCCUCGCCAUCACUCUCUCUCAAUGGAAGCACCGGCAUUCCAUCGGCUGCUGCUGAUAUCGCACCCCCAGCACCAGCCACACUGUUAGCACUGGCCACGAGUUCAUCGUCAAAACUGCGGAUCAAUCAGCUGACGCUCCUCAUGUGCCUGCCACCACCGCGGGUUUUUCAUGGCGCUGCAUUUCUCAAGCGUACGCCAUUCAUUUAG